CCAGAGCACUGAGAGAUAUCAGGUAUUGAUGUAACUGGAGUGAAUAAGGGAACCUUCUUCCUGAGCACAGACAUUGGAGCCUGUUAUCAGCAUGAACUCAUAUGUGUUAGAUAAACACUUGAAUAGUUCAUAUCCGUCCUUCACUACAGGAAGCAUCAGAAUGAUACCACAAACUCCAAAAGUCUUAGACACUAAUGACUAUUCACAAACAUUGGGGAUAUCACAGCAGAUAUUUAAAGAAGAUGGAGAAUGGGCAGGAACUGGGAAGCAAUCAUUAAUUACAGAGAGUAAUAUAGUCAUUAAACAAGAGGACAACAUUUAUGACUUAUCUAGUGAAAUUAUUAUCCCAGAGGAUAAACCACACACAUUUACUGAGUUUUCAAAACAUAGUAAAGAUGGGAAAAGUCUACAGUCUAACCAAAUGAUUCAUACAAAAGAGAAACCUUUCAAAUCUACAGAAUGUGAGAAAAGCUUUAGAUGUAAGUCUCCUCUACUAGAACACCACAAAAUUCACACAGGUGAGAAACCACACACAGGUACUAAGUACUGCAAAUGUUUUAUACAAAUGGAUUAUAUGAAAAGUCAUGAAAGGAGUCACACAGGAGAAAAGCCUUUCACAUGCACAGAGUGUGGAAAAAGUUUUACACGGAUGGAUCAUCUGAAAACUCAUGAAAGGAGUCACACAGGAGAAAAGCCUUUCACAUGCACAGAAUGUGGAAAAAGUUUUACACGGAUGGAUCAUCUGAAAACUCAUGAAAGGAGUCACACAGGAGAAAAGCCUUUCACAUGCACAGCGUGUGGAAAAAGUUUUACACGGAUGGAUCAUCUGAAAACUCAUGAAAGGAGUCAUACAGGAGAAAAGCCGUUCACAUGUACAGAGUGUGGAAAAAGUUUUACAAAAAUGGAUAAUCUGAAAACUCAUGAAAGGAGUCACACAGGAGAAAAGCCGUUCACAUGUACAGAGUGUGGAACACAUUUUACACGGAUGGAUCAUCUGAAAACUCAUGAAAGGAUUCACACAGGAGAAAAGCUGUUCACAUGUACAGAGUGUGGAAAACGUUUUACAAAAAUGGAUCAUCUGAAAACUCAUGAAAGGAGUCACACAGGAGAAAAACCGUUCACAUGUACAGAGUGUGGAACAAGUUUUACACGGAUCGAUCAUCUGAAAACUCAUGAAAGGCGUCACACAGGAGAAAAGCUGUUCACAUGUACAGAGUGUGGAAAAAGUUUUACAAAAAUUGAUCAUCUGAAAACUCAUGAAAGGAGUCACACAGGAGAAAAGCCGUUCACAUGUACAGAGUGUGGGAAAAGUUUUACACAAAAGAGUAGUCUGAAAAGUCAUGAAAGGAUUCACACAGGGGAAAAGCCGUUCACAUGUACAGAGUGUGGGAAAAGUUUUACACAAAAGAGUAGUCUGAGAAGUCAUGAAAGGAUUCACACAGGAGAAAAACCUUUCACAUGUACAGAGUGUGGGAAAUGUUUUACAGAAAAGAGUCAUCUGAAAAGUCAUGAAAGGAUUCACAAGGGAAGAAACCUUUCACAUAUUUAGAAAUUGGAAAAAAGGAAUUUUUAUCGAAACCUGGUAUCGCAAAACACCAAAUAUUUACACACAAAUAAAUUUUAUAUACACAGUGUACAAACCUUUUUACAAUUAUUCUAAAGAGGACACACUCUCUAAAUAGAACCAUCAAAAAGGAUCUUAUUGUAAAUAAUACUUUUUAAAUCCCAGUUAUAAAAACCCCAGAUUGGAAGUGCUCUCCUGCUGUACUUUGUUCCUCUAUAUAUGUGCACCUCAGUUUCUCUCAUAUCAAUGUGAUAGAAUCCAAACACCACACAGGAAUAUACAACUCUAUCCUCAUACUGACCAGUUUACACAACCAUUCAACACCAAAGCACCCCCAGUGUUAUUUAUUAAUAUGCCAGUGUUAGGAGUUGUACAUUUUGAUAUACAUAGGGGAGAAAUUAAUUAUAUUUACAGAAAAAAGAGUCUUUAUAUGAAUAGAGUGCUAGAGAAUUAUAUAAACAAGAACAUCAGUCUCAAAUGAUUGACAUCUGGGAGAUAUAUUUAAUGUGUACAUCAUGUGGAUAAACCUUUUCUUAUAGCAAUAGAUGCUUAGCAUUGUACAUGUUAUAUACCAGAGGAAUUACUGAGGGGAAAAUUAUUUUAUUUCAUGAGACACAAUAUCAGUAACCGGUACAUACGUGAUUAUAAUCAGUUUAAUUUAAAUGGCUACUAUAACCUACAUGUAUACUGGGUAUGUAAUAUGUAUGUCAUGUUCUGUAACUUGAUAUUAUAUCUGUUAGAUGUUUUCAUGUUAGUUAGAAGCCACAAGAACUGAUGAUAGCACAUACUGUAUAUAUAAAGGGAACAUUAUAUGUCUGAUAAAUCCCUUUGAAUCAAGAGCACAAGUGUUAGGUACAUUUAUACAAUUGUGUGCACAUAAAAUGGAAAAUUCAAGAACAAGGGGUCAUGAUCUCAAGCUGAAGUGUAGUAGAUUCAGGAGUAAUUUGAGGAAGCCCUUCUUUACAGAAAGAGUAAUUGAUUUAUGGAAUAAACUUCCUCAAGAGGUAGUAAUGACAAACACUGUGGGGGACUUUAAAAAUGCCUGGGACAAGCAUAAGGCUAUCCUACGAACUAGAUAAGUUUAUACUGUUAGGUAAUAUCGGGCAGACUUGCUGGGCCUAUGGCUCUUAUCUGCCGUCAAUAUCUAUGGAUGUUUCUAUAUUAUGUAUUGCUGCUUUUUACUAUAUAAUGAUAUGUAAUGUUUUUUUCAUGCAAAUAAAGUGAUUGUAAUCCA